GGAUUGCUUGAGACUGGGCGACUACCGGGUUGUCAUGGAGCCGCGGGGCCGGGCUCGCGCAUGCGCCACCUGACCCGCGGGUCCGGUCUUGGAGAGGCGACCUCGGCCCUAGGGCAAUCCAGAUGAAAGGCAGGACCUGACGAACCCACUCCUAGCCCGCUGAAACAUGGAGAGGAAAAACCCACCCAGAGAGAGCCCCAGAAGACUCUCCGUCAAAGUGGGCAAAGGCACAGAGAUGAAGAAAGUGGCUCGUCAGCUCGGCGUGGCAGCUGCUGAGUCAGAUAAGGACUCUGGAUUUUCAGAUGGGAGCUCGGAAUGUCUGAGCUCGGCAGAGCAGAUGGAGUCCGAGGACAUGCUGAGCGCCUUAGGCUGGAGCCGGGAACACAGGCCAAGGCAGAACUCCAAGACCGCAGGCAGUGCCUUCCCGGCGCUGUCCCCGAUGGUUGUCAUGAAGAACGUGCUGGUCAAACAGGGCAGCAGCUCCUCGCAGCUCCAGUCGUGGACUGUCCAGCCCUCCUUCGAAGUGAUCUCCGCUCAGCCGCCGCUGCUGCUCCUCCAUCCGCCCGCACCCGCGCCCACCAGCCCAUGUCCCGCCGGCGAGAAGAAGUCGGACUCCAGGAACUACUUGCCCAUUCUAAACUCUUACACCAAAAUAGCCCCCCACCCGGGCAAAAGGGGCCUUUCCCUCAGCUUGGAAGAAAGAAGGGAAAGCGGAGUGCAGAAGAAAGUCUGCACGGAGAGACUUGGGCCGAGCUUGGCUUCCAGUGAGCCCAGCAAGCCCGGGGCGGCGCCCCCCAGGCCGCCCGCGCUGGCACCCCCGGGGACCAAGCUCACCGAGGACUCCGCCCCGCAGGGGGUGCCCUCCCUAGUGGCCGGCGGGAGCCCGCAGACUCUGCAGCCCGUGUCCAGCAGCCACGUGGCCAAAGCGCCCAGCCUGACCUUCGCCUCCCCCGCCAGCCCCGUCUGCGCGGCGGACAGCACCCUGCACGGCCUGGAGAGCAGCGCCCCGCUGUCGCCGCUGUCGGCCAGCUGCAGCUCGCCCCUGUGGGCCGCCGAGCACCUGUGCCGCAGCCCCGAUCUCUUCGCGGAGCAGCGGCGGAGCAAGCACAGGCGCUUCCAGAACACCCUGGUGGUCCUGCACAAGUCUGGCCUCCUGGAGAUCACUCUGAAGACCAAGGAGUUGAUCCGUCAGAACCAGGCGACUCAGUUGGAGCUAGACCAGCUGAAGGAGCAGACCCAGCUGUUCCUAGAGGCCGCCAAGAGCAGGGCUCCUCAGGCCUGGGCCAAGCUGCAGGCGGCCUUGACCUCGGGGGCAAGUCGGGCCGGCAGCGACCUGCAGGCGUUCUCUGACCACCCAGACAUGUAGCACGGAAGGCGCGUUUCCCUGUUACUUGAGCAGUUCUUUUGAACUCUUUUGCGGUUUCUACUCCUGUUUCCCAGAGCUUCUGUAAGAGCUUUUCCUUCUAAACUUAAACCGUUUGGCAGUUCACUUAUGAAGCCACAUGCCAGUACCUGGCUGCUGUCUUAACCUGUGGUCCGUGCACAGUUUACGCACGAGUCCGUCCCUCUGAGGACCUCCCAUGCAGAGUGUCCUGAGUCCCCCUUUCCUUGGCCUGCAGGCUCAUAGAUGGGUCACGGGGCAAAGCGGGCCAGCCGGUUGUGUGGGGCUCUUCUGGCUGUCCCCUCCCACCAUCCCACUCACUCACUGUGAUCAAGGGCACAGUGACAGGGAUGAGCCCACAGAGUGACAUCUGUCAAGCAGGGGAGUAGGCGAUAUAAGUGACAUAAGGAUCCCUUUGUGGAUCUUCUCGUGGAUGGCUUAUUCACAGAGAAAAAUCCGAGGUGUGCCUGCAUUCCACAAGGCAUCGUGCCAUUUGGGUGAAAACUCAAAUGCCAAGGGCACAGGUCUGGCCGUGGGUGCAGGCGCUUAAUCAUGUGAAGCUUUGUCUUCCUCAACUGGAACGUCAAGGGGAGAGGAGGAUAGCACAUUGAACUCUUACACUUUAGUCCCAAGCCAGAUUUCUCGUCACUUAAACUGGUAGGCAAAAUACUUCAGAUUUUUAAAGUAUGGAAUGGAUUCGGUACCAUCUGGAAUUAUAAUUGCUGAAUUGCUUUUUUU